GAUUUUAAAUAACAAAUACCGAUAUCGGUUGAUUUUUUUUUUUGAUUAAAAUUUGUUUCAUACUUAUUCAUUCCAUAUGUUUUCAAGAUAUGGGCAAUACGGACACCAAAUUAUCUUAUCGACAAGCUGUAAUCAAUCUAACUUCCCGAUCACAACCAAUCGAGCCAGAUGAUGAAUUUUGGUCACAAUUUUGGCAUGAAAAUCAUAUCGAUUCAAUAGGCGAUGUAUUUGCAUUGUUGACGGCUCAAGAGAUCCGUCAACUUCGCGAUGAAUCGCCAUCAAAUCUUUCCACAUUGUGUUAUAAAGCCGUAGAACAAUUGGUUAGGGUUACGGACACAUUGUGCAACACGGCCAGUCAACAUCGAACAGUACUCACUUGUUCUGCCUUAUUGACAAGAAUUCUUCCCUAUCUUUUUGAAGAUUCGGAUUGGCGGCAAUUUUUUUGGACACAAUUUCCGCUUGCAGAAUCGACUUCAGUUGAUGAAAACAAUUCGACUUUAUCAUCAUCAUAUCAUCCCUAUAAUCGGCCAUUGAAAUCAGAUAUUCCUGGAUGCGAGAUUCUAAACAAACAAAUUCCGUUAUCGCAUUCAUUAUUGUUAGCUAUCGCAGAUUUAAUGUUUUGUCCAGAUUUUACUGUAGCACCACUAGACUCAAAAGGAAAUAGAUUCGGUGCGCCUGAUACACCUCCCGAAGAUUUACAAUCAAUCGAUAGUUGUGAAUAUAUUUGGGAAGCUGGAGUUGGUUGUUCCAUAGGGUCACCAACAUCAGCAACAUACGAUAAUCAUCGUACGCAAUUGUUACGAUUAUUGUUGACCUGUUUCUCCGAAUCAAUCUAUUGUUCAGCGGCACACGUUGGUCACCAGCCAAAUCGUUGGAUACAAUUUUUCACUUCUGUCGAGAAUCGUCAUGCUUUACCAUUAUUUACAUCAUUGUUGAAUACGGUUUUUGCAUAUAAUCCGAAUAGUUUUUUGCCGUUCAAUCAUCUAUUAUUCCAAGAUUCUAAAGAACCUUUGGUGGAAGUAGCUUUACAAAUCUUAAUUGUCAUUUUGGAUCAUGACUUUUCAACACCAAUCUUAUCAUCAAUAGAAGAGGCAAAAAAAUCACCAGUUUCAUCGCAAGAUAAUCUUUUUAUCAAUUACAUAAGCCGAAUACAUCGUGAAGAUGAUUUCGAAUUUAUAUUGAAAGGAUUCACAAAACUACUAAAUAAUCCAUUACAGCAAUCAUAUUUGCCUAAUUCGACGAAAAAAAUCAAAUUUCAUCAGGAAUUGUUGGUUUUAUUUUGGAAGAUUUGUGAUUAUAACAAAAAAUUCAUGUAUUAUGUUCUGAAAACUUGCGAUGUUUUGAAAAUUUUAGUACCAAUUCUCUAUCAUUUGAAUGAUGCUCGUGCCGAUCGAUCACGCGUUGGCCUUGUACACAUUGGUGUUUUCAUAAUUCUCCUUCUUAGUGGUGAACGUAACUUUGGCGUCCGGCUAAAUCGUCCUUACCAAGCGGUGGCACCUAUGGAUUUACCCAUUUUCUCUGGAACACAUGCUGAUCUAUUGGUGAUAGUAUUUCAUAAAUUAAUCACUACUGGUCAUCAACGUUUGCAACCAUUGUUUGAUUGUUUACUUACAAUCUUGGUUAACGUCAGUCCGUAUUUGAAAACAUUGUCAAUGGUUGCUUCAGCCAAAAUUCUUCAUCUACUUGAGGCAUUUUCAACACCAUGGUUUUUAUUCAGCAAUCCAACCAAUCAUCAUCUGGUCUUUUUUCUGCUUGAAAUAUUCAACAAUAUUAUACAAUAUCAGUUUGACGGUAAUUCCAAUUUAAUUUAUACAAUCAUACGUAAACGGCAAGUGUUUCAUGCGUUGAGUAAUUUGCCCACUGAUUAUGGUAUAAUUCAACGAUCAUUGAAUCAAGCAAAGCUUCAAGCUUUGAUAUCAACUAAUCAUACUUCCGGACAAAUGAAAAGAUUCAAUAGGCAACAUUCGAGUCAAUCUAGUAAACAUCAAGGAAGACCUUUAUCCUGAUAAUCAUCAACGGCCCAAUCAUCAAUAAUUGAUUAUGAUGUAACGGCAUCUCAUUCCAACCCAUCAACACCCACUGAAUGCAAUAAUGAAAACAAAAUAUCAUCGUUGGUUCAUAAGUCUGAAUCAACAUCAACAAAUCAUAAAAUUACAUCAGCACCAGUCGAUAUGAAUAUUUUGACUAAUGAACCAUCGAAUUCACCAAUUCCAUCAUUGAUCUCGACUUCAACGAAUCAUAUGAAUAUUUCUUUGGCUGCUUUGCCUAAAUUGGAAAAAAUGACCGAAAGAACACAUCCUAAUCAUAAAAUAGAUUCUGAGGAUAGCGUAGGUGAUAAAUUCAUUCAAAACAAUCCUGAAGAUAUUGUCAACACUAAUCAUCACCAUUGUCAAGAGCAUUUAUCAGCCAAUCGAACGAAUUCAAGAAGGCCAAAAUCAAUGUCAAGGCAAUCAUCAACAGCAUCGGAUGAUCAAUCUUCUGCUGGUUCAUCUUCAAAAGGAUCAAAAGAUCAAAAAAAUAUUGCACUAGACACGGGAAGUUGGCAUCCUUCGACUGAUUGGAUUAUUUCCUGGAAACAAAAAUUACCUUUGCAAACAAUCAUGCGAAUGUUACAAGUUUUAGUACCACAGGUGGAAAAAAUGUGCCUGGAUAAAGGAAUAACAGAUGAAAAUGAAAUAUUAAAAUUUCUUCAACAUGGCACAUUAGUAGGAUUAUUGCCUGUACCACAUCCUAUUUUGAUAAGAAAAUAUCAGACAAACAUUGGCACAACAAUAUGGUUUCGAACCUAUAUGUGGGGCAUCAUAUAUCUACGUAAUAGUGAUCCACCUAUCUGGUAUGAUACGGAAGUGCGUCUGUUUGAGAUUCAAAAAAGUUGAACAAUUAUAUCAAACUAGCAUACGUAUCACACACACAAACAACAAAUCUCAAUUUAUUGUUGCCCAUUUUACAUCAUUUUCUCAACUUUAUAUUUGUGUAUGUUAUAUAAUGAUGGAAUGGCUCUUAUCUGGAUUUUUGAACUAAUAUUGGAAUUUGAUUUCUUGAAAUUUUUUAAAAUUUAAAUUUCUGUACAUGGUAUAUGAAUGAUACAAGUAUUCACGUGAUUCUCACACACGAUUAUAAUCAAAUU